AUGAGCCACUGGGGAUUUCUGCUAAAGGGCUGGAGCAACGUCCACGCACAGAGCUACCCCGAGGUCGGUGGAACAAUCAAUGUUUCUCUAACCGGAGGGGAUAAGGAUUGGAGACGUUGGGUAUCAAGAAUCGCAAGGUUACCCAGGUCUUCUGAUGUCCUUUUACCGUUGACACCCAGGCGCAUAUCUUACUUUCUUUAUUUACGUCGUCCAGGAAACAUUCCCGUUGAGAAGAAAUCUGCGUCCGCGUCAGUGGAGACUUUCGAUUUGCAUUGGAGUAGUGUAAAGAGAAGUAGACAGUGCAUGCCACGUCAAUUUUGGACCAUGGGCCAGGAUUCUGAUGAUUCGAUGAAUCGAAAUAUUACAUACCUGACAAGGCUAGAAGUGCGGUACCAUUGGAGGACAAGUGGGGCUUUGGUUGGGAUGGACCCGACAAAGUGGACGGAGGUUUGA